AUGAGUGCUUCUCUUUACACGGGACAACAACGACAACGAGGAGACGAAGAAGAAGAAGAAGAAGAAGAAUUGAACGAGGAGAAACAAAUUGAUAUCGAUGUCGCGCUUGUUAUCAUACAGUCAGAGCUUCAAGAAUUUUACAGCAACGAAAAGAGUAACAUUAGCAACAAAGCUCUGGCGCAGCGGAAACGAGUUCUAGAGAACGUUUUGAAGUCCAUCGGAAAGAACGUUACGUCGUCCUCGCGUGCUUCUUUUAUUGAGAAGGAGGAGGAGGAGGAGGAAAAACAUCUCCUGUUACAAAACUUGAUUUCACUCCUCCAGGUUCCCAAAGUGAAAGAAACGGAAGAACUUCUGCUAGCAACAAAUGACACCAUCUUAAUACUUUUGAAGGAGGUGAAUGUUAUUCGCAACGGUACGAGGACGAUGGAUAUUGAUUCGUCGUUCUUGGGAUUCGCGUUUAGUAGUUUGCUCGAGUUGGCAUCUGGCGGCAAAACAAACGCAAACCAUCAAAAGAUUCGGCAGUCCUCCUUGAAAGUAGUAUUUGAGCUCAUACGCUUCGUGAAACACAAGGUUUCAACGCUAGCGUUUUUCUUACCUGGUAUUGUUAGCGCAAUCGUUAAAUUAUUACACAGCAGCAAAAACGAGUGGAUAGACGACUUGGCAAUCGAGCAGUGUUUAUAUUGUUUGAGCGAGAUUGUUUGCUGCGUUUUAUCAGAGGAUGCUCAACAUCGCGAAGAUUGGAUUCAAGGUAAAGAAGUAUAUUCACCAUCACUGAACGUUACUGCUUCUCCUUUUACGAUCAAAUAUUCAAAAGAAUGGUUCGAUGAUACCGUUUCUAAGGUGACUUCUGUUCUGAAUUCUACAAUUCCAAUCUUUGCGAACCACGCUCACGCGACGGUGCGGAAAGCCUGCGCGGCUUUCUCCGCUACAGUUCUCGAACACUGUAAAGAAACCCUUCCCGAAAGUCAAAGAAUACUACUCGAAACGCUUUUGAGUUUAUCGAACGAUUCCUGGGAAUUAGUCUCCGCGUUCGCGAAAGGUGAGAUCGAUCAUUUGAAAGAGAAAAAUCUCAUCCCGCUUGAAAUGAUAAAAGUCAUAUUGAAAGCCGACUUAGGAUUCGAUUCUACCACUUCAAAAUCCUACUCUAGCUUUUUCUAUCAAGAAAAUGAAAUGAGACUUUUGGCAACGAUUGAUUUAUUAGGCGGAGACGAAACUUCGCACUUACUUUUGUCGAGCACGUCAACAAGACGGAAGCUUGUACAUGCGUUAGCACAGCGUGCUCAGAGUAAAAUUCUUCUCAGAAAGAUUGGCGCAGUGGCGAAUCCGAAAUUUUUUGAGCUUUUAAUAAACGAUGUCGUGACGUCAAUAUCGAGUUUCCAGCAUGAAGCGAUUGCAACCUACGUUUUUAUUGCGAACGAAAUUUUACGCGGCGCUACUUCGUCUGAAAACGUGUCGUCUAAAAAAGUAGCGCUCAAUUUGAUUGUUGACGAGUACGUCUCAAAAUUGGACUUGCUCUCCUCAAACGAUGACCGUGAACUUCAACAACAGAAAGAAUUACUCCUUGAAGGACUCGCCAUCGUCGCUGAAACCCUCGGACCUUAUCACAUUAAAAACACGACGUUUUUGACGAAAGUGCUCCGCGUGCUCUUAGAAUACUCCGGUCGUGUUACAGACGAAGGCGGUGAUAAAACCACAUCGGAAGUUGCACAACGUUCCCUGGAAUCUGUGGCCGCCAGCGCAAAUUAUGACAGUGCUGUAGAACUCAUUUCUGAGAACUGUGAUUUUGUUGUGGAUCUACUCGUUCGCCAGUUACGACAUCUAGAUGAAUAUCCGCGCGCUCCUCAGUUAUUCCGCACGGUAUUGCGAUUGAGUUCCAAGAAUAACAAUUCAAUCGAUUCACUCAUCGAGGAACCUUUGAGCGUAUCUCUGCAACAAACUUUGAAAGUAACAAAGAGCAGUAGAAAGUUAUUUUCGGAACACGCUGUUGUCUUAUUGAACUGUUUCAAACAGGUUUUAUUCGUUUGCAAAAGUGACAACACGUCUAUUGCUCGGGAUAUACUUUUGUACAGUUCUGCACUGUUGGAGAGCACUGAGUUCAAAGUCCGUUCGCUCGCGGCGGAGAUUAUUGCGAAGGCUUUAUUGAAUAUUUUUUCAACAAAAGAAGAAAAUGUGCUCCCAUUAGUGCACAAUCUUUGGCCACACCUCGUGCAGUCGUUUCGACUGCAUUAUCACAAAACUGUGCAUCUGAACUUGAUGAAGGCUGUCAUCAGAGUUUCUCAGAGAGGAAAAUUUAUAAGAAAGCGAUUGUAUGAAGACUUGUGGCCGAUUCUUGUUUCGCGAGGGAUUGCUAUGGAAUUCGUAAAUGAGUUCAUCGACUAUCCAGACUGCUUCGCUGGAGAAUGCGUCGCAGAGAUUUUAGCUACGAAGUCUUCUCUUUCCCUUCCCUCUUUCAACGUUGGCUUGUUCGUUUUGGACGAAGAUAUGUUUUGGUUGCAACAAACUUUUCAAGAGGCUAAAACAUUUUCUCCCGAGAGGAACGAUACUCUUCUCAGGUCCUACGACAAUUUGUAUUUUACUAGGUAG